GCGACAUCACUUCUGUGGAGUCACAAUAAAGAGACGCGGAAUCGGAGCGGAACCGAAGAAGAAAGCAGUAAGAAUGGCUGAAGUGAUUGAACUCCAGAAACUGAAGUUGGCCGAGCUGAAGCAGGAAUGUGCAGCACGAGGGCUGGAAGUCAAAGGGAACAAGGCCGACCUGAUCGCGCGGCUGCAGGCGUAUCUUGAGGAGCACGAGGAGGAGGUGAACGAGGAGGAGGUGUUAGGAGAGUUUCCAGAGGAGGUCUCGCCGAAAGCCGAGCCUGCAGUUGAAGCGCCUGCUUCACCUGAACAGGAGGCCGAGAAGAAAGUCAUCAAAAUCUCCCUCUCCGAGUCAGCUGAUCAGAGGUUGAUUAAGAGAGCCGAACGCUUCAGUCUGCCUCCCACUGCGGACAGCAAGAAGGCCGCCCGAGCUGCCAGAUUUGGAAUGCCAGAAACAUCGGCGCCCUCCGAAGGAGCCUCUGCUGCCCCUAAAGCAAACGUGGACGUUGAAGUCCUGAAGAAGAGAGCCGAGCGCUUUGGCGUGAACGUUUCCUCCGUCUCCAAAAAGGUCGAGGAGGACGAGAAGCUGAAGAAGAGGAAGGAGAGAUUCGGAAUCGUCACCACGGCGGCCUCGGCCGGAGCCGACGAUGCGGAGGCGAAGAAAAGAAAGCGAGCUGAGCGCUUCGGAAACGUCUGACCCGAUUGCUUUAUUUUUAUUUUUUUUAAUGGAACGUCCACUGAAACGUGUCACUGCAGCUCAUUUGUGUUUUAAGUUCUUUAUUAAACGUCUCUCGGGUUUCUCAAA